AUGGUGGGGACCUUCUAUGCGCUCCACGGCUUGGACGCUGAACUCUAUGGCAGCAUCCAGGAUGCCGUGGCGCAGAUCAAGCGCAACACCUUCGCGGCCAUCCUGCUGCAGUGCGACCCUGGGGAGACUUUGGAGAUGCAGGCAGAAGAAAAGAACGACUUCAAAGAUCUCCAGGAGAAGUGCGGCACAGGCUUGUGGAAAGCUGCAGGCCUAAAGCGCAAGAAGUUCCCAACCUUCAAGGGUCAGUCAGCGCGUAUCACUGACGCUUGGUGGGAUGCGAGCCUCGAAGACCCAGAGACGGAGACCAACUCUGAAUCUGAACCCAGUGACAACACGGUGGAUGGUGCCAGCCAGGACUCCCAGGACUUGCCCAAGACGGUUGAAGCCAUGGAAAUCACCUCAGAACCGGAAAGUGUGCCGCGAGAGGAAGGUCCAGACGUGGAAGCCGUGGACACCGUGGAUACGGCUGUGUCGCCUGAGGAAGGCUCGGAGGAUGAGGAAGCCACGGAAACCAUUCCACCCAGUUUGAAAACCAAUUCCGGCGAUUCCGGUUUUGCCAUGCAUGGUUCGCACAGCUUUGGAGACAUUUGGCAUGCUGUUUCAAAGCCCUUUAUGCCAGUGAUCCUGAAAUCUCGUGGCCAAGUGGCCGCAGGUCUUUCGGUAACUCGUUCCUUCGGCGACGUGGAUUUCAAGGUCCCCGCCGAGGUGGUCACAGCAGUGCCCGAGUUGUCGGCCUUUGCGAUCGACCCGGAGGAAGACGUCAUGCUAAUCUUGAGUUCUGAUGGUGUGACAGGCAGCGUCACCGACAUGGAGGCGGUUCGUCUUGCUUCGGGCCCUUUGCGUGAGGGAGGCAGCGAUGCGGCCGAAAAGGCUGCCCGUUUGUUGGUUGAGACAGCCCAUGCUCGAGAUCCUUCGGAUGACAAAACUGCCCUGGUGAUUUGGUUCGGGGAGAAACCGGACAACCCUGUGGUGAAUGCCUCUGGUGUGGCUGAUGAGGAAGACCUCUUCACGGCGGCUGCUGAGGGUCCCAAAGCAGCGGACAAGGUUGAAGCAGAGGUGCCGCAGACAGUGCAGGAAGAUGACAUGUUUGCAGACGGGGCAGAUCCCAUGGAGAUGGCCCUGUUGGAUGACAUCUUCGGCGCCUACGCCCGCGACAUGGGGGUGCCAUGCUCAGAUCACUCCCAUGCGGCUGUCUGA